UGCUAAAUUGGAUUUUGUUUUAUUUUUAUUUUUAUUUUUAUUAUAUGAUGGCAGCAAUGGCGGCAAUCGUAGCUACAGUUGGACCAGCAAUGGCGGGUGUGACUGCACCGAAUUCAUACACUCCUCUUCCCGGUCCUCUUUGGAAUUCUCUUCACCGUAAAUUGCUUAUCCUCCAUCUUCAUUUCUGAAAUUUGUGGUAGAUUGAUACACACAUUUUUAUUUUUCAUCUUACAUCUCCAUUCUAUCGAGUUACAGUUUGUAUCCACGAUUUCGCAGUUUCGAGAUUAAGCUAAGUAUGCUAUUGUUUCCGCAAAGAGCUAAUUAAGAGUAACGAGUUGUUGAGUUAUGGAAAAAGUGUUUGGAGCUUUGUGUGAAAUCAUUUGCGUAGUUUAAAUCUCAAUUUUGUGAUGUGCUGUUAGGUCAGCUAUUUAAAACUCGGUUCUGAUGCUUGUAUCUCAGUCAUUGUUUGAUUAGCAAUUUGAAGCUGCUUGAAAACCUAUCAUGGUGCUACUGCUAGCACCAAAGUAGUAGGAAACAUUCAGAAUAUAUUUGAUUAACAAUUUCAGAUGUUCCCAAUAUAUUAUUUGAACUUGGAGAGAUCCACCUCGUAAGAUCUGUUGUGUGUAGGAGGCACCGUAUGAAAGAAUGACUACGUUCAAUUUGUGAAAAAAAGCAUCUAUCUAGGGAUUAAUGGUCAGAUGAAUAAACUCUAGAGACAAACUUAUUGGCUCCCUAUGAUCUUUACUUUCUGCAAGGCCUUCUAUGUAGUCGUAUACCAUAGCCAUUUGUUCAUUUGUUUUACGAAUAAGCUGAUGAGUUGAACUGUCAACUGUUCACCUCAAUGUAUACUUUUUUCUCGCCCUGGUGUAUAUAGUUUAUUCAUGCUUAAGUACAGAUAUAGUUGAAAUGGAAAACAGAAUGCAAAAUGUAAUGAGGGUGUAAAAUAAAACAAAUAAGCUUCACUUUGAUAGUAGCAGAAGAGAAAGAAAAGAUGUGUCGGUUAUUGAAGUAAUGGACACAGUUUAUCAAAGCACCAAAGCCAACUUCCCACCACUUCCCUUUUUAUCUAUAAAUAUAAUGAAAAUAGAUGCUGCAGCAGCUGCAGUCCAGGCCUGUCAUGACAAGACCAUUAGAUUUGGAUUACUUUCUUCUAUCAAAGCUGUAGAAAACAGAUCGGAUGAGGUAAUGGCACAAGAAACGGAAGAGGAAGAAGUAGAAGAGAAUCUGAAUGUUUCCCAAAUUAAACAGCACCUCUUUGCUGCUCUACAAGGGAUAAAUAGAGGCAUAUUUGGAGUCCCAUCAGCGAAGAAAAGUGAAAUCCAAAAUUUGGUUGAGCUGCUCGAGUCUCAAAAUCCCACACCUGAACCAACUCUCUGCUUAGAGAAGGUAGCUGGAGCUUGGAAGCUCAUCUAUAGCACCAUUAGUAUUCUCGGCUCAAAAAGAACUAAACUGGGAUUGCGGGAUUUCAUUAACUUGGGAGACUUCAUCCAAACGAUAAAUGUUGAUCAGGGUAAAGCAGUAAAUGUGAUCGAGUUCAGUGCCAGAGGGCUGACUCUACUUAGUGGACAGUUGACAAUUGAUGCUUCUUUCAAGAUUGUCUCAAAUUCACGAGUCGAGAUCAGUUACCAAAAGUCAGUGAUCACCCCAGAUCAGUUGAUGAAUGUUUUCCGUAAAAACUAUGAUCUGCUUCUACAAAUCUUCAACCCAGAUGGCUGGCUCGAGAUCACAUAUGUUGAUGAUGCGUUGAGAAUAGGCAGAGAUGAUAAAGGAAAUAUCUUCAUCUUAGAGAGAAUAGAGAUUUGCUGAGUUGCAAUCAAAUCCUUUUUGGUUGUGAUGUGCAAGCAAAGGUAAAUGCAUUUUUGAUGGAAACAAAAUUUUGUUGCAUUUGGAUCGUGGAAAUAGAGCCAGAUAGUUUGUAUACAUACCCAAUUAUAAUUAAAAUAAUAAUUAACCUCGUUUUCGUCUUUCGACACAA